UAGAGAUACAGAAUUUACUUGGUUAUGUAUAAAACGAACGUUAAAAUAUGUUGAAACAAAUUCGGAGAAUAAAUGUUAUUGACAAAUUAUAGCGAUGGAGCAUCCUUGUCCUCACUGCAACAAGACGUUUAGCAGUGAAUUUGCAAGAAAACGUCAUUUGGACAUACAUUCAAACAAGGUGAAAUUGAAAUGUCAUUUUUGUGGAAAAGAAAUAAAUCGGAAAGACAAUUUCGAACGUCAUUUGAAGACAUGUGAAAAGAGUAAAACGUGUUCCCAUUGCGAGAAAUGUUUCAAAACUUCCAUUCAACGACGUAUCCAUAUACUUAAAGAACACAGGGAUAAGUUGUUGAAAUGUGAAAGGUGCAAAAAAGAAUACUUGUGUGAAAAGACUCUUCAGCAUCAUCUAGGAAGAUGCAAGAAAUAUCAAGAUAUUCCAGCAGCUAGUUAUAGAUCUGAUGAAAUUCAACAUGACAAUAAUCAAGAUCUUCCGGGACCUAGUAACCCGUGUGUAGAAGUUCCAAGUCGCAUUUGGAAUUUCCAAGUAAAUCACUUGGAAUUCUUCAUUCGGAAUUUCCGAAUCACCAUUCGUAGUAUUGGAACAACUUUCCAAAUGGUUCUAAAUGACUUCCAAAGUUAUCAAGAUAUUCCGGGACCUAGUAACAGAUCUGAUGAAAUGCAGAAUGAGGAACCCGUUGAGAGAUAUACAUGUAGAACAUGUCAUCACAGAUUUGAUUCGCGUCGUAAUCUCUUUGUUCAUCAGAUAAAUGAACAUUUUCAAGUGGGAGAGGGAGGAUUACAGGCCAGACCAUGGGGAAAUGGAUCCCCUCCUUGGGAAGAAGGUGGGAUAGUCGACCGCAACCUAAAAGAAGUAUAUGAAAGUAAUGCACCAAUCAUAUUACGGCGUCAUCAAGAGGGGACUGUUUGUAGUAUUUAUAACUUUCCCAUAGAUAAUCAGUUUUCUGUUGGGGAAAUAAUGCAAGCAGCCAAUGAAAUAUACGAUCGUCAAAAUAGAGCUUUCAGAUUAAAUUUAGAAUUUGGUCUCAUAUUGGUUAACAGCGAAACAAGAGAAUUUAGAUAUUUUAAACCCCAUCAUAAUCAGGAAGUUUUUCAGAGACCCAUUUACGUGUCACAGCGCGAACAUUUAAAACGUUUGCAGCAGCGAAUGCAACGACUUAACAUUACGAAUUACAUAUUACGCCAGCGCCCUGACACAAAAUGGAAGCCCUAUUUAAUAACCAAUGUAUGCAUUGUCAUAUAUCAUUUGAAUUUUGUUUUGGGAAAUGCGGAAGUCAUGUUACCUCCUCACAUUAGUCAAUCAAAAUCCAUAAUUAAGCUGACCAAGGACAGGAAUGGUCAAAUAUAUACAGAUAAUCUUUGUGCGUUCCGCUGUUUAGCGGUUCAUCAAGGUUACUAUCCCUCGGGUUUGGAAUCUCGUACACAUGUUUUAUUUCAACAAUGGGUCUCAUUUCAAAAUACUCAUCAAAAAGAAGUGGAUUCGAACCCCAAAACAUUCCCAGGUAUCACUUUGAAUGAAAUAGUUUACUUUGAAAAAUGCUUCAAAAUCAAUGUAAAUGUAUUUUCAUUGAAUGAAAGUCAAUCGGCGCUGUCCAUUUACAAAUCUUCAUGUAAAUUUUCAGACACUUUACACUUGAAUCUGUACGAACAUCAUCUGUCUUACAUUUCUAAUUUUAAUUGUUAUGCUCAAAAAUUUCUGUGCAAAACUUGUCAUCGUCACUUCAAAUACCUCACGAAUAUGAAACGACAUCAGCGUGUUUGCUCAGGAAAAACAAAGAGAAAUUUUCAAGGAGGGUUUCAUUAUUCUCCAAGUACUGUAUUUGACAAAUUGAAUCAAUUCGGUAUAAAUGUUCCCGAGAACGAAAGAAUAUACGAGUGGUUUUUAGUGUAUGACUUUGAGUCCAUGCUGGUUCCAAUGAACACAGAAAGUUCUGGUUGUCAGCAAUACACAGAAAAUCACGUACCCAUCUCUGUUAGCAUCUGUUCUAACGUAGAUGGGUACACUGAACCACAUUGUAUCAUUGAACCAGAUAUCAACACUCUGGUCAAGAACAUGGUUCAGUGCAUGACAAUGAUUGCUAAUAGGGCUGCUGAACUAGCAAAACAAAAAUUUGUCUACGUGUUCGAGGCUCUCGAUGACCUUGUUUUCGACAAUGUGGACGAGGAUAUGGCCGAGUACCUCGAACACGAAGACGAUGUCAAUAAAAUGAUUGAAGAUGAAAAGAAAAGCAUAGAAAAGUUGAAGUUGGAAAUGGAAGAAUAUUGCGAGCAGAUCAUUUGUAUCGGUUUCAAUUCCGCCAAAUACGAUAUUAAUUUGAUCAAAAGUUAUCUCAUUAAACAUCUUGAGCUAGAUUCGACAAAUGGCACAUUCACCGUCAAGCGAAAUAAUGCUUAUGCCUGCAUAAGUACUCGUAGGUUUAAAUUUUUAGAUAUUACACAGUAUCUGAGUCCCGGCAUCAAUUAUUCAGGGUUCUUGCGUGCUUUCGAUGUACAAGAAUGUAAAGGUUUUUUUCCCUACCAAUUUCUAGACUCUGUUGAAAAAUUAAAUUACCCCGAACUUCCUCCACAUGAAGCUUUUUAUUCGUCUUUGAAAGAUUCAAAUAUCACAAACGAAGAAUACAGCUUUUGUCAAAGAGUAUGGGAGGAAAAAAAUAUGACAUUUCGCGAUUUUCUGGUGUGGUAUAACAACCUCGACGUCAAACCUUUCGUGCAGGCCGUGACAAAUCUACAGAAGUACUAUUUCGAACGUAACAUUGAUAUAUUUAAAUGUAGUAUUUCGGUGCCAGGUCUUGCGCGUAGAACGAGGUUGGAAAAACUUGUAUUCGAGGGAAUUCCCGGAAACCUUGUGGUAAGAUCAUUGGCUUCGAUGCUAAUGCCCUGUAUCUACACUGUAUAG